AUGAAGUUUGACUUUACAGAUCAUUCACAUCGCCGAUACAACCCUCUGAAUGAUACAUGGGUGUUGUGUUCUCCCCAUCGUGGAAAACGACCUUGGCAAGGUGAACAAGAAGAUAUAGUAAAGGAUGAAGUACAAAACUAUGACCCCAGCUGUUAUUUAUGCCCGGGAAAUGAUCGAGCAAUGGGUACCAAAAACCCCAAUUACACAGCGACGCACGUCUUUCGCAAUGACUAUCCAGCAGUCAAAAGGGAACAACCUGAUUUAGUGGAAGAACAAUCCCACGAAAAAGGGCAGACACUCUCCUUGAAGUCCCGUUUGCAGAAAACUCAAGGUGUCAAGGGCGACUGUUUUGUCAUUUGCUUUAGCCCUAAUCAUAGUUUGACGCUUCCUCGCAUGGAAAUAAAUGCUAUUAUGCAUGUUGUGGAAACUUGGAAGCAACUAUGCUUUCAGUUAAAAACAGCGUCUUCUGAACGCAUGCACUAUAGAUACAUUGAAUAA